CUUAGAGCAGUAAGCUUAUAGGAAACCAGGACAUUUAUUUUACAAUGGAGAAAAACGCGAACUUCUUAAAAUGACAUUAACAUUUUGAUUUGAUUCUUGCUUCGUUUGUGAAUAUGGAGGUGCUAUAUAGCAUUGAUGUCGAAGGUGAAAUUAAGCAGAACGACUGGUUGACAGAAGGAAAGUGUUGUUGUUGCCUGUCAUGCCAGAACCUUAUGUGCAUUUGUAAACAAAGCACAUCAGGUUCUGAUAAGGAGGAUGCAGCCGGGAAGUUUAAUGUUAUCUAUGAAGUAAUUGUAUUUGAUCUGGACAAACCAUGGGAAUUUUUCACAGUUAUGACAAGUCCAGUGUCUGUGACUUGUAUGACCUGGGACAGGACCGGCACACGUCUCCUCAUCACAGACAUGGAUGGGCAGUGUCAAGUGUGGCAAAUGGAGGAUUUUUUCAUCAACAAGUGGAAGUUACUAGGGAAGUCAUCAAUUCCAGGAGAAGAGAUUUUGGCCAUGGCAUGGUUCCAUACAGGUGUACAGAUCAAUUUUAAUCCUGAGAAAAGGGAUGCAGUAACCUACACUGAAAAAUUUCUGCGCUCAAAGUUCACACCGACCUUGACACAGUUUGGAGGUCAGCCAUUAGAUGGGUGGUUGGCUGUUACAGAAACAGGACUGAUCAGUGUGGGUGUGAUAAAUCAGCAGGAUCAGACUAUCAUGACUGCACAAGCUAGUCUUGGUGGCAGCCACCUGCGCCUCAGCCUGGCGACCAUCGCCCACACAGGCACAGGGGAAGUAAUGGUGGCCACGGCGGACGGCCAGCUGUCCUCCACCAUACAAUGCUUCUUGGUGACAGUGCGGGUUACACAGAGUGCUGUCAAGGUUCUGGCCAAGGCCAGCUCCAGUCUCUACAUGAAGAGUCAGAUGGACUAUGGUGCCCAGGACAGUCAAAAGAUGAUGGUGUCCCAUAUACAGUUCCUCAAUGCGGAGAGCAGUGACACACUGAUUCUGUGUUGUGGUAGUCAGGGUUACAGCUGCCUGGAGGUCUGGCAGCUGAUCGAUCAACAUAUCCCACUGAACAAACUGUUUCAGAUGAGUUCAGGGCCAGACACUGCCUACAAGAUUCCAAAGUGGAUGCACAAGGCUACAAUCCCUCAUGCAUCCUAUCUGUCAGCCAUCGCUGGACCCACACUGCCCAUGAGCAAAACCUUCAUGGAGACUGGUUUCUCCCCGUACAUUGCUGUGGCAUACAGGGACAGCACCAUCAAACUGAUCCACCGAUACACACACCAGGUCAUUCAUACAUACUUUGAUGCGCUCGGUGCUGCCAAUCAGAGCAUCAGUCCAACAAAAAGACAAAAACUAACAAUUCAUGCGUCUAACAUGAUUCAGACAUUGAGUGGAUGUGGCCUGAUUGCAUUGCAUGAUGGGAAGGUGUCAGUGUUACGCGUGUACAAUAUGCGUGAUGGAUUGAUGGCAAUGAAUCCAUCAUAUGUGUGUCUCCUGCUAGAAUAUGCCAUGGUUACAGGACAGGAUUGGUGGGAUGCCAUGCUUGCAGUCAAACAAAACACCAUUGAUGGAAUCAGCCAGAAAUUAACUGAGAAUUAUUUUAAACAAACCUACUCCAUGCAAGACGUGGUCAGUAUACGCCUUGUUGCCCUCAAGGUGGCACUAUACAGUAGUGCUAACAAUGGCCACCAGAGGGCCAUGGACUAUCAUGCUCGAUUGGUCCUGCAGUCCAUCACUGCCUUGUUCAGGGGACUAUUACGGCCAAAGUCAGCUAACCAACAAGAGAAGACACCUGCUGAGAAACUUGGGGCCCUAUGUAAAACAACAGACGGCAAUCUGGAGAAUAUCUUGCUUAACCUAGAAAUCGAGGAUUUCCUCAUCGAUUCCAGGAAAAGAGACAAAUCACAGGGAGCUGAAGAAAGUGCCCUCCAGUCCUUACAGCCUCUGAUCCAGUGGGUGGCUGACUUCACUCUCCACCUACUUGCCACUAUCCCGAUGUACCAGUCCUACUCAAGCUUUCCAGGGUCCUCCCUUCUCACCGACCGCAGUCUACUCAACACACUACGGGAACUCCUUGUCAUUGUACGUGUCUGGGGCAUCAUAAGUCCAUCAUGUCUGCCUGUCUUUACAACUUCUAGUACAGACUGUCUUGCUCACUUAUUCAAAGUCGUCACGAAGGCAUGGCAGUGUUGCAAGGAAGGAGGUGGCGUUGAGUGUGAUGAUGCCCUCCUUGAUGAGUGUUGUCUCCUCCCCAGCAAAAUUGUUAUUCCCAGCAUGAAUCAGAGUUUCCGACUGGAUGAUUCGGGAUACAGUAUAUUUACACAACCAAGUUCUCAAAUGUUUAGCUUGGGAGAGGAGCCAGAGUUUAUGUAUAACAGAAAGAAACUCAAAUUCCCUUUCUUGUCUGAUGUGCUAACAGAGAGUCAGCAGAAUCAUGACAUCAUACGACAAGUUCAUCUUGGUGCUCGGCCUUCAGAUGCAGUUAGAAGGUGCACAAGAUGUGGAGGAUAUUCCCUUAUCAAAAGUCUAGGCAAGUCUCCUAUAAUGAAGUCGUGGGAGGCUCGAUGGAGAAAAAACUGUUUGUGUGGGGGGCUAUGGAAAGUAGAAAAAUGACGAUCAACCACUGUACAGUUUAAAUAGUGCUAGGGGAUGUGACAUAAGGGGAUUAGGAGUUAUGACUAGUAAGUAACUUUAAGAUAUGGACAAGAACAAACUGUCAAAGGAAAUAAAAGUCUUUUUAUCUUUCUUAAAGAGACUGUGCUUUAAGAUAGUCAGGGACAUGUUGAUUAAGAUAUUUCACGUAUUGUCAUUUAACUUUCCCUUCAUCAGCACAUCAUCAUUAAUCAAAACUAUACAGCAGACUUGAAAUCUCAGCAGACUUGUAUGUCAAUCAUGCGAAAAUAAAAUGAAACAGCAUAAAAUACUGUUGGCAAAUAUUAACUUGUUUGUUAU